UCUUUGUGUGUAAUGUAGUUUCUAAAAACUCAAUACGGUAAAAGCUCAAACAGCAGCAGGUAAUUUAGAGAUAAUAACGCAACGGCCAAAUGGAAUCAAAGGGUUUGUUUAUCUGUUUGAAUUAGCUUCCUUCAAUUUGGUGCCAUUACACACAGGCUCUUUUGUAUAUUUUCUUGCAUUUUCAUAUGUUAAUAUCCCCACAAUUUCCAUUCACACCAGGGCUUGCAAACACAAAUCACACUGGCUAACAAAAAGCUUAUUUAAUUAGACAGAGUUUGGUAACAGCUGAUCCUGUCUGGUUCAAGAUCUGGGUCAUUGAGAAAGGUACACGCCAAACAUGUCUACCUGAGCAGGAUGUUCCCGGUUGGUGAUUCCAGAUUUGCUUGUCGGGGUUAUGUUUGAAACUGCAGUCAGGUUAAACGCACUGUACAGUACAGACUGAGAUCAGCUAUGUUUGAAGGCGAGAGAAUGAAAGAAAUCCAUCAAAGCGCCUCGGGAGAAUAACAACAGCGAGACGUGUGCAAAUGUGGAUGAGGAAGAAUAGAGUGUGCUCGCUCUUGCAUCUGUGUGACUCAUCCGUGGGUGGUGAUGGAGCCACCUAGGGCCACAGUGGCCGUCAAUCGUUCACACGCGGCAACAAUAAUCGGGGCAACAUGACGGGCGACACAGGCCAAAGAUUUAUAACAAGCCUUCUUCAGGGAUGGAGGCUUUGAUAGAGGAAAAUCCAUAUUCAGCAGAUAAACAGUGUUUGGGUUACAACAACGCAGCCCGACAUGUGCACAUAUCAAGCUCUGAAUACAGUGUGUAUUACCUACAGAAUGGGUCUUUCACUGCAGGUGUGCAAGGUCUGAUGGCGCUGUGCUCUGAGGCCUGUGUUUCUGGCUCAGGAGGAGAAUCCUCUGGGAGUGAGGCGGGUCCUAGCUGUCUUCAGUUUGGGGUGCGUUCCUAUCUGCACCACUUCUAUGAGGAGUGCUCGUCCUCCAUGUGGGAGAGAGACCCGGAGGAUCCGGGGCUCGCCCAGAACCAGAGGUCGACCCUGUUGUGGAACUCAGCAGUCUGGAAGGUGUCCCUGGCCCUGGGUCUCCUGAUCCUGAGUGCAGGUAUUGCCAGCCUGUCAGUCGGUUACUCCACUCCCCAUAAAAUCGAGUCUUUCGGAGAGGGGGACCUGUUCUUCCUGGACAGCCGGGCUGUCAGGUUUAACUGGGAGCUGCACCUCAGCAACGCAGCCGGGAUCGGGCUCUGCUGUUUUGGCUCGGCCAUGGCGGCGAUGGGGGUGGUCUUUUGGAUCCUCCCCAGGGGCAGCUUGAAAGAGAGGUUGUUCCACAGACCGGGGCAAGGGGAGCGGAGAGAAGAGUCAGGGUCAAAGUGGAAGGGAUUGAGGGAUCCCGGGGAUGUUGUCACUGAGCCGCCAGCGAUAGAGGGUAUGAUACCAGUCACACUUUCAAAAGUGGAAAUUGUGAAGCCUACUUCUUAAAAAAUAUCCCUCCUGAGCUACAUUGUGUACAGGCUUUUGUUCUAGUCCUGGGGACUCAUUUACCUGGUCCUAACAUUGUUGUUAAAGUGUCAUUUUACCAUGCAAAUUGUUCAAUUGGAGGUUGUUUUGUGAUAUUGCAGUUAGACCAAAAAGUGUUUGCACACCAGGAUGUAAAGGGUAAAACAAAUUCAUUCCCAUGGAAUCGCCAUUAAAUAAUCUCAACUUUGACACAAUAAUUAUAAGGGAUGAGAGCCUGAGAGACAAAAAUAGAGCAAGUUAUCAUAGCUUGUUAGCUAUAUUGCACUAUCCACUUUUAUUUAACUGUCUUGUUAGCAGAAAACUGCUCCACUAAAGAGGAAUGGUGCAGACAGUAAUGAGAGGAGUCAACGUUACAAAUGUAUAAUAACCUGUGUGAACUUAUUGUAGCCUUUGUCGACCGGGCUAAGAUAAUUGGCUACCUGAUUGAUAGGGAGAUUGUGAGCUUGGAGAGCUUUACAUUCCCUCUCCAAAAACUUUUUAUUUAGCGUAAUGUACAACAGGGAACAAAAUUCCAGGGAAUGCAAAUAGAACAGUAAAGACAAAAUAGAGAGAAGCUCUGGGAGCUGUGACUGGGGUUAAAACUACUCGGAUUCCUAAACCGAUUCUUGAAAAACUGAAAAAUAACAUCAAAGAAGGCUCUUUUAUAGAGUUCUUUAAAAAUGGGAAAUGAUUUAAAGUUAACAAAACGUUAUUUCAAUAUGUAAUAGGUAAUCCGAAGUCACCUAAAGCACAACUUCAAUAAUUUAACAAUAAAAAACAGUUACACUAUUAAAAAGUAACAAAAAAAAUGUUGAGUUAGAAUGCUAACCAGCGCCCAGAGGGAAAACAUGGCAUUUUAACAGUAGCCUAGCUAGCUAACGGUAGACUACAGAGAAAGCGUGAUACUUUACGUCUGUUUUGGAGCAACAGAGGGAAACAUUUCAGUUAACACAUUGAGUGGAACCAAAAUUUACGUUUUAAUAACCGACACCGAUUCCUACCAGUUGCAUAAGAACCCAACCCUAAUUGUGACAGACUUGUGCUAGCCUAGGCGAGCUGGUUAGCAAGUUAGCGCGCCAGCUAGACAGUCAGAGACAGGGUAUUUUAUAAGGUUGUCCUCGACUAAAGACAUUCUUAGUCAACUAACACUCAUAUGUUGAUUUAAUUGACAGAUCUGUAAGAUCUGGAGUUUCCCCACAAAGUUCAUCCAAAAGCACCUCUUUAAAUCUUGUGUUUACCAGAGAUUUGCUCAUAAAAUAGAAUUGGAAAUUCAUUCAUUCAGCACGAAAAAGCAUAAAAAUGACUAACUGACUGCAGAAAUCUUAGUUGACUAGGACCAAAAAUUACCAUUUUGUGGACUAAUCAACUAAGAGGCGGCAGCCGUAGUACUUUAAACACAUAUCUGGCUUCAAAAGCCCAACUUGAUCUAAAUAGAUCAUGUAUUUCUCAUGACAAAACUGAAUUAAAAUGCAUAAAUGAGGCCCCACGACUUCAACCAGAGAACCUUG